AUGGUUAAAACGAAAAAAUGGAUUUCUAGAGUACCUCAAAAACUUGUAGAAAGGGAAGAUCAAAGCGCAGCCUUCGUUAUUCUUCAAGAGAUUAAUGACAAAACUUUUGCACGAACAAUUCUUGUUCAAGAGGUAACCGCGUACCACUGUGAUUCAUGCAAUGAAGAUUUUGAUACAGAAGCCAGUUUGAUUGUGCAUAGAACGGAACAAUCAAUACUAAGAACCCGAGAAGCGUUGCGUCAAGCAGAAAAAAAGAAACACGAAUGUAGUAUAUGCGGACAGACUUUCUUGAAAAAGUUGCAAUUGAUUAACCAUCGCCGGAUACAAUGUAGACAACUUUUGGACAUACAAAAGAAACAGGAAUGGAAAGAAACAGUUCGAGAAAAAAAUGAGGAAUUGUCAGCAGGUCCCGUUAAGUGUGAUCAGUGUCAUAAGGUAUUCAAGAAGAAGAAGUAUUUGAAUGUGCACAAAACAUUACAUGGCGCACCGCACAUUUGUCAGAUGUGUGGCGCGAAGCUAACUUCAGAAUAUUAUCUAAAGAUGCACAUCAGGCGGCACAACAAGCAGUUUACGGAAUUCUGCAAAAUUUGCAAUAAGGGCUUCUACUUAAAGGCUGUUCUGAAGUAUCAUAUGGCCAUGCAUAUCGAUGAAAAGCCCUGUAUCUGCGAGAUUUGUCACAAAUCCUUUAGAAAUCAAGUCAACCUCCGAAAUCACAUGAAGAUUCAUGCUGAGACGAGGAAGAAAUUUAAGUGCGAUAUAUGCAGUUUUGAAACAUUCUAUAACUGUUAUUACAAGGAGCAUAUGUGGAUUCACACCGGUGAGAACAGUGUGACAUGUGAAGUAUGUGGCAAGUUAAUCAGACGACAGUACAUGAAGACUCACAUGAGAAUACACACUGGUGAGAAACCGGAGAUUUGUGAAUUUUGUGGCAAAGCGUUCAGCGCUAGAAAGUGCAACGAGAUCGACAUAGAAGACAUAAAGCUGGAUCCAAUUGACGAAUUGCAAGAUAUAGAAUUAGUACGAUAUCAAGACGAAGUACCUAUAGCGGAAGAGUAUCAUCACAUUGGUCAUCAAGAAAUAAUUAUGGAAACGAUUGAAUAUAAGCCUAGAAGAAUAGAAGAUCCGAACGACAAACCAGAAGCGUCGGAGAUAUGUAUUCUAAAACAGGUUUCUGAACACGAUUCGAAUCGCAAACGUGCGACAGUUUACGAGUGUGAAAUUUGUGGGAAGCAAAUGCUCAAGAAGCUACAAUUUUUGAAGCACAGACAAGACCACGAGAGGAAUUCAAAGACUGAAGAUCGUUGCGAAGAGUGCGAUAAAAUCUUUGAUAAUCACGAGAAACUGCAAAAACAUAGGAUCAAAGCACACCAAAAGGAGAAGCCUUUUCAAUGCGUUAUGUGUGGCAAGUGUUUCAAGACCGAGGAGUUCUUGAAGACUCAUCUGAAGCAGCAUAAUAAACGUUUCACCUGUGACAUAUGUGGUGUAUCAAAAGUUUCCGGAUAUGAUUUGCGUCUGCACAAAAAGAAACACAAUCAAGAAUAUGUGAUUCAUUGUGAGACUUGCAACAAAGGUUUUUACACGAAUCAAACAUUGGAGCGGCACUUGCUCACUCACACCGGCGAGAAGCCAUUUAUAUGUAAGAUAUGUAACACCCCGUAUGCGAGCGCUGCAUAUCUCAAUAUGCAUAUGAGAUCCCAUGGCGAGAGGGAGAAGCACAAGUGCAAUAUCUGCGACUUCGAAAGCUACUGGAAGGCCGCAUUAAAAGUGCAUCUUAAGAUACAUACUGGCGAAAAUCAAAUUACAUGUGAAGUGUGUGGGAAAUCUGUCAGCAGCAAAACGUAUCUGCAAAUUCAUAUGCGUAUACAUUCAGGCGAGAAGCCACACGUUUGCGAGGUAUGUGGCAAGGCGUUUAGCGUACGGAAAUAUCUAACCGUACAUUUAAGAACGCAUACCGGCGAGAAACCUUAUGAAUGUAAGGUGUGUCAGAAGAGAUUUACGCAACAGGGCUCAUUAAACUCGCAUAUGAAAUCUCAUAAUGAAAGCAAGUGA